AUGGCGGCAACCCCACUGGCCGCUUACGAUAACAACUACCCCGAACAAGAACCGGAAAUAGAUAGCGAACAAGACGCCGAAGGAGACGAGGACCCUGAGUUUUAUGAUGCGACUGCGCAGGCUGGGAUAGUCACGACGUAUGAAAACUCGACUGUGACGGUUGAUGGGACAUACCAUGGAAAAAGGGAAACUGAUGGAGGAAGUGCUGUGGUCGAAAAUAAUGUCAACCAUGAAAAGGAACCCAGCCUCAUAGAUGAUGGAAAUGAUUCUAAGGAGAAGGUGGAUCAGGAUGCUGCAGUUAUAGGAAGUGCUAGCGAGGAUGGCAAAUCGGCGAGUGAAGCAGAUGACCUGGAUGCAGAAUUCGAAGAGCUUUCAAAUGAGAGUAAUGCAGUUGCCAGCGAAGCGUCGUCUGAAUCCGACUCCGAAGUUGAAGAGGAAUGGGAGGCUGAAAGCAACGAACAAGAGGAUGCUGAUACAGAACCCCCUGUUGACAACAAUUGCAUUGUUUGUAAAGAAGAUGAAGAGCAUGAUCCAAGUGAGGUCUUUGAAGAGCCAUUAAUAUGCGACACAUGUAGUGUUCAUUGUCAUAGGGAAUGCGGCCGCGAGGAAGGCAUAUUUAACGACGAUGAGGAUGCCGGUAAAUGGAUGUGUCCGUUAUGUAAACAUUUGCACUCCCAACCGGACACAAGGAACUCCUCCACCGCUCGACAAAAAUCUACUGUCUCUAGUGUUACGAAAGAUCUGCUCCCUGCGGACAAUGAUACCCAAGAUCCAAAUUCUCAUUCCGUAUUUAACUCAUUAAUCAUCGAAGACGAUCCACUGGAUGGCUCCCGCUCUUUGCGAAAAAGAAAAUCAUCAUCCUAUGAGGCUGAAAAUAGACGUUCAACCACACGGAAACGACGGAAAGUCACUCCUCCGCACGGGCAAGCGUUACCGACAACGAGGACUAGCGGGAGUCGCUCGCGUGCCCCGAGCCAGAACCAACUUGCAGAAAAUGAUGUCACAACUGUGCAAGAAAACCGAGCACUUCGCCAGAGGAGAACGAGAAACGCACAAAAGCAUUACUGCAGCGUUAUGCACAAAGAAGGACGGUUAAUACUGUCAUUCAACCUUGACCAGGAAAAGCUUCAAAAGAUACUGAACAGUAAACCAAGGCCGAGGAGCCAACGGCGAAGAGCAUUACCUAAACCCUCAACUAUACCCGAGCCUCCCCCAGUAUCACACUUUGCACCGACAAACCCAACUCCAUAUGCUGCACCUUUCUACUCCUUUCACGACCGAGAAAACGAUGAACUCAAGUCAAAGCCUUAUGGUGGAAUUUUAUCGGAGGCCGAAGCUGAUACGUCGCGAACUGUACCACUGCCGACAGAUAGGGAUAAGUUUGAGGCAGCUCGUCAAAAGGCAGAAGAAGAAUGGCGAAAGAAAAUGAUGGCAAAUGAGGAAGACUCGGAUAAUGCUCUCCUUUCAUCUCAAAUGCUGUCUGGGCCACCAAGCAAAAUCAAGUAUGUCAACUUUGGCGGUUAUGAGAUUGAGACUUGGUAUGCUGCACCAUAUCCUGAAGAAUACAGUCGCAAUCGUGUUUUAUACAUCUGCGAAUUUUGCCUCAAGUAUAUGAACUCCGAUUUCGUUGCAUGGCGACAUAAACUCAAAUGCCCUGCAAAGCAUCCUCCGGGCGAUGAAAUCUAUCGGGAAGGGUCUGUUUCUAUCUUCGAGGUGGACGGGCGGAAGAAUCCUGUCUAUUGCCAAAAUCUCUGUUUACUGGCCAAGCUCUUCCUGGGUUCAAAGACACUCUAUUAUGACGUGGAGCCUUUCUUGUUCUACGUCAUGACGGAAUAUGAUGAAUGGGGCUGUCAUUUCGUUGGGUAUUUCAGCAAAGAGAAGCGACCGAGUUCCUCGAAUAAUGUCUCCUGUAUCCUAACCCUCCCAAUCCACCAGAGAAAGGGUUAUGGAAAUCUCCUGAUUGAUUUUUCUUACCUUCUCACCCGACUAGAAGGAAGAACAGGCUCUCCAGAAAAACCAUUAUCUGAUCUGGGCCUGGUUUCCUAUCGCAAUUACUGGCGUCUUGUUCUAUGUUACAAGUUUCGGGAUAAAAAAUCACCGACAAGCAUUACAGCGAUAUCUGAACAGACCGGUAUGACUCCCGAUGAUGUUAUAUCCGCGUUAGAGGGCCUGAGUGCUCUCGUCCGUGAUCCUGUCACUAAGACCUAUGCGCUCCGCUUGGACUACGACUUUUUUGAAAGGUACAUAAAGUCUUGGGAGAAAAAGGGCUACGUCAAGUUGAAUCCUAACUCUCUGGUAUGGACGCCGUAUAUAAUGGGCCGCAGUAACAAGUCCCACUAUGACCAUGCGCCCAUUCAUACUGUCGCUCCUCGCGAAGAGAUUGAUGCCGAUGAGCCAACUGCGGCAGCUAAUUCCAUGCCUAACAACUCAUAUGGCCUCGGUAUUAGCGCAAGCGACGCUGAUACAGCAAACAGCGUUGCAGGAAGUGGUGCUGAAACUGUCAAUACCAAUGGAAAGGGCUUCUCUGAAGCUUCGCCUUCAUUGUUCGACGCUCCAGGACCGCCUUCCACCAGCGCUCUGUCAUUCGCCGAUGUCAUGGCCAAACAAGCUCCUAGCACUAAUGGUCGUCAAUCGUCAUCUACUCCUUCAAACCCUGCCUUUGGCAUUCCCCCAACGAGGUUCGAGAUCUUCCCUCCGCCUCAAGGUGCCAGUACCAGCACUCCUACCGUUAAGCGACGACCAGGCCGGCCAUUUGGAACUCGGAAGAAGGUUCGCUCCACUGCACAAUCUCCAGCAAGAACGAGCGGACAUAAUACGCCCAAAAAGAGCAACCCCUUACGCCUGGGUACUCCUUCCACGGCAACAAGACCCCUGCGCUUCAGUGUUCGACGGGCGAGAAGUAGCAUGCUAGGUGACAACCUGGACACAAAACACGACACUGAUCCUGAAAGUCCCGGCGGAACCAAGCGGUUUGACUAUCUUAACUCAUUUCCAUCGACGUCCAAUGGUCCCACUGAUCAACCCGAAGUCAAUGGCUCCCCUGAAACUGAUAAAAAUGACGAGGAGACUCAUAUAAAUAAAAUACCAGAGUCGAUGGAAAUCGACCGGCAAUUGCUUAAUGGUAUUGAAGAUCACACACGCAAUCACCAACCAAAGCUAGUUGAUGGUACGAAUAAGAACGAUACUGAGCUUACGAAUGGUUUAACGAAGCCGAUGGAUGAUACCUCUCAAACUAUCGCCACACAGAUAGACAAAUCUGGUGAAAACGGAGCUUCCGAUGCUACUUCGGAGAAAAAGAUCGCACUACAGUGUUCAUGAAAUAGUCCUGGGAUAAAAUCUCAUUUCUAUACGUAUCCUAUGUGCCACACCUCGAGGGGCAUAUAUCCAUUUCCACACCCACAGUCUCCCUCAUGUACCAUGUCCUCUCAUCGUUCCCCAUCAUUUUUACUUCCUAGACAGCUUUUUUUUUCUUUCUUCCUAUUGGCUUAACUUACUCUUUUUGCUCUUCUCAGAUUGGUGGGAGAAUGAUCCGAUAUCUUUGCUCGGCGCAUACGGUUGAAGAAUUCAUCAUCUGUUACCCUUCUCUAUUCACUCUUACGUGUUAUUAUUAUACCUGCUCGACGAUUCUGUCAUUUUAUUUUCGUUAUCAUUAUUUCCUGACCCUACUCCGAUGCCCCCGCCCCCUUAUAUCAUUCUAGUCACUACUAUAACUAUGUAAACUUAUUGGCGUUUACAUACCCCUUUUAUCUAACGGCUCUCAAAACCAAUAAAUAAUGCCAGCUCUUUCGAAUGCCCGAACCGGCGUAAAGUCUCUAUUUGCCACAUGUGCAGAGCUCUAGUCUGCCUUUUGCAUCUUCUUACUACAUAUCGCCACACUAUUAACAAGGCAUGCAACUUUGUUGUACCCUUCAAGGUAGCAUUCGAGAAGAGAUUGGCCUCUUCGCCAGCUCUGACGAAGCAUUGACUCUCGCUUUUGCAAAUUAUAUUCCCCGGAUAACUAACUAGUUAGUUGGUUCUUGAGUGACCAGAACGAUUACUCCGUAUCUUUCUUUGUUCACAAAAUUAAAGCCACGCUUCCUAUCAGCACUAAUACCUGGUCGAACACAAUAUCAAGCCAAGAAGCUACGAGAAGCAUAUUCCUUCUUCUUCCUCCUCCUCCUUAUCGUGCCUUUGAUGCUUUUUCCUUCGAUUUCUUCUCCCGUUUAGUUAGUAAUCCCGCGCAAUGACCUAGCGAGCGAGGCCGGUGGCCGCAGCGUCAA